AUGGCGGCCGCCCAUGCCGCCUUCGUGUGCCUCACUUGCAAAGCCCGGAAGAAGAAUAAACGGGUACAUUGUACCUACGCAGCACCCUCGGCGGAGAUUGGGGCCAGAAGCCCCAGCACAAGCACAACCACCGACACAGAUACAGGCACAGGUACAAGCCCCGCCGCUCGCCAUGCGUCUGCCCUGCGCUGUGCGCCCUUAGCGGCUGACGUGCGUUUCACCUUGAACACGCUCCCAAUCGAACCGUCGGCGGCCGCGGCAAGCCUCUAUCUCGAGGCCAACCGCCUCAUCCGCUCAACCGGCCAGUUCCCCGAUGAGAUUUACACUCGCUACCGCCUCGGAAUCCACACUCACCUACCCAUCAUUUGCUUAGAGACCUUUGACAACAGUCUCUUCACCCUGGCAACCGCCCCGGCCCCCGACUUCUCCGUCCUACUUGUGACCAUCUGCUUGAUCACCUACCUCCCGGAGCCGGGCCCGCAAUCCGCAGGGGCGACCGCCCGAGCCACCAUUGACCGAACCACUCUUCACCUCGCCGCCCGAUCCCUUUUUGCCCAGGUCCGAAUAUCGUCCCCGCCUUCGGUCCAUCUAAUCCAAGCGGGCCUGCUUCUAGCCGUCUACGAAUAUGCCCGGGGCCACCCCGACGACGCCUUUGCCUCUCUCGCCGAGUGUGCUCGCAUGGCAUAUGCCGCCCACAUUUGGCGCCAUGUUUCCCCACCCCACCCACCGCAUGCAACUCUCGAGAAUUUGCCAAGGUGUUCGGCCCCUUCGUACCUGCAGUCCGAGGAAGCCGCCAACACAUGGUGGGGACUCAUCAUCUGCGAACGGUAA